CCCACUUGUCAAAUUUCCAGGCAGCACCGUUCCAGAACUGCCCCUUCACCUCUUCUCUCUACGCUCUCUCCAUACUCCAUUCUCGCUUUUCUCUCCAUUUCUAGGGUUAGGGUUAGGGUUUUCUCGCUAUUUCGCAGUCCCAAAACGAUAUGGACAGGCACAGAGGAGACCGCUACGGCAACAACCCUGACUCCCACCACUACCGCCAUUCUCGGGGCCCUUCUCGGUCCUCCGACGCCUCCGGAAACCAUCAUCGCCGCAGCCCUAGCAGCUACCGUGUUGGCUUCUCCGGUGGUGGAGGCGGAGGCGGCCACCACCACCGCCCCUUUGACAGUCCUCCCCGUUAUCCUCCCGGCGGUGCUGGGUUGCGGCCGAUGGGUGGCGGGGGUGGGGGAUUUGCAUCGAAUCAUCAGGUGCCGCUCUCUGGUCAGAAACGGGGGUUUGGUUUCCCUGGCCGUGGAGGGUCUCCAGAUCGUUAUGAUGGAGGUGGUUUUGCAAAACUUUUUGUUGGGUCGGUUCCAAGGACAGCCACCGAAGAAGAUAUACGCCCCUUGUUUGAAGAACAUGGAAAUGUCUUAGAAGUUGCGUUGAUCAAAGAUAAGAGAACUGGACAACAGCAAGGGUGUUGUUUUAUAAAAUAUGCUACUUCAGAAGAAGCUGAAAGGGCAAUUAGAGCUUUGCACAAUCAAUACACUUUGCCUGGGGGAGUGGGACCUAUCCAAGUGAGAUAUGCUGAUGGAGAACGAGAACGCCUUGGUGCAGUUGAAUACAAGUUGUUUGUGGGCUCACUGAAUAAACAAGCUACAGAAAAGGAAGUUAAGGAAAUUUUUUCACCUUAUGGUCAAGUUGAAGAUGUCUACCUCAUGCGUGAUGAAUUGAAGCAAAGUCGUGGAUGUGGAUUUGUUAAAUUUUCUCAUAGAGACAUGGCAAUGGCAGCUAUUAAUGCUCUUAAUGGAAUCUAUACAAUGAGAGGUUGUGAUCAGCCAUUAACUGUUCGGUUUGCUGAUCCUAAGAGGCCUAGACCUGGGGAAUCAAGGGGUGCUCCUGCAUUUGGGGGUCCAGGUUUUGGCCCUCGAUUUCAAGCACCAGGUGUUAGACCAACAAUGAACCAAGGUGAUCCUAUAGGCAGUGGUCGAAUUCCUCCUAAUGCUUGGCAUCCAAUGAGUCCACAGAAUCUGGGCCCAUCUUCUAAUGCUGGUAUUCAUGGCUUUGGGAAUCAGUCACUCCCAAGGUCUGGUGACGGAUCAAUAUCUUCAACUCCUGGUGCUCCCCUGGGCGGUCUUGGUGGUUCAGCUGAUGGUUCUCUUUCUGGAAUUGCAGUUUCAUCUUCUGCUACACCACAACAGAAUUUCAACCAGCCUAUGCUACAAGUGCCUUCCAUUGGUGAGCAAAUAUCACCGUUGCAGAAAUCGCUUCAGUCUCCUCAGCAUUUGCCACCUUCCCUGCAGCUACAGUCUCAAACUCCGGCAUCUUAUACACAGCCUCAAACUCCUCAUUCAUCAUUACGACAAUUUGGUCAGCUACAAAUAUCUCAUUCUGCUGGUCAAACCCCCUUCAAUCAAACACUUCCAUCCCAACAGCUGCUUGGUUUGAGUGGACAGCUGUCUGGUUCUCAGCCUCAGGUCCAGCAGAGUGCCUCAUCUGCUACUGCCCAGCAGACUCCUGUCAACCUCAACUUACAACAGCAUGCUGUGUCUGUCAUGGCAAAUCAACAUCAGGUGCCUGCUCCUGCUCAGCAGCAACUGGUCCAGCCUCUACACCAAUCACCUUCUCAGUUGGCUCAGUUGCUAUCACAACAAACGCAAGCCCUACAAGCUAGUUUCCAGUCAUCUCAGCAGGCAUUUUCUCAGCUGCAGCAACAAUUGCAGCUGAUGCAACCAUCAAACCAAACUUUAACGUCACAGCAGGGUUCCCAGACUACUAAACAGCAGUGGCCUGGGACUGUACCACAGACUGUUGCCAGCACUGCUACCAUCACACCAGCCACUGAUGUGCCUUCCACAACUUCUGCUGUGCCUGUAACAACCCAGGCUGUGGCCCCUGUAAAAUGUAAUUGGACAGAGCACACUUCACCCGAUGGAUACAAAUAUUAUCACAAUAGUGUAACUGGUGAAAGCAGGUGGGAAAAACCAGAGGAGUUGACAUUACUUGAACAACAGCAACAACAACAAAAGUCAUCAGUUCAACAGUCACAAGCCCAAUCACACACUCAAGUUUUGUCUACACAGCAAAUUCCUCAAGCUCAACAAGUGCAGCUUCAAACUCAGCUCCAAGCACAUCUCCAAGCACAGCUUCAGUCACAGCUCCGCCAACAUCAGCAGAUGCAACAGCCUCCAGUGUCUUCAUCGUACCAGGCUUCUGGAGUUAUGGGUCAGCAAAAUGUUCAGGAACUUGGUUAUGCUCAAGCACAGGUAGGGGCUAGUUCAGUUAACGAUCCUGCACGCUUCCAACAGGGCCUUCAAGCGGCUCAGGAGUGGAUGUGGAAGAAUAAGCCAGCAGGCUCUUAAAAUGGAUGAAGUGUGAUUCUGAGGUUGCAUAUUGUCACAAGUUGCUCCUCUGGGAAUCCGCGGCUGAGGGAAUGGAAGCAAAAACUUGGACAAAAGCAAGACAUGCAGUCACCACUGCUCUGAACUUUAAUGCCAAAAGGAAUGUGCAGUAGGCAUGCUCUGUCUUCAUCGUUGUGAGGUUUUACUGUCUCACAAUUACUGUCUUGAACAAUCAAGCUUGGUUUCCAUGAAGGCAUAGGCAGCGAAUGCCAUGAAUAAGUAUUUAUACAUGUUAAUUUUACCUAACUUCUGCCACAAUUAGGUACUGAGUUUAAAUAUUAGACUCUCUAGGCCAUUUCGUCAGGCAGGUUGCGCCUUGAAGGUCUGUUCUCCUCUGCAUAGAGUAGGCUCCAUAAACAUCUCGCAAAUAGGGUAUGCUUAUGCUUGGGAUUCCUUCUGGAUAUCGAUAAAGGUCCAGUAAAUGUUAAUUUUGAGCA